AUGGCAAGCGAAACUAAAAUCAUGAGAAAAGAAGAAGAUGAAACUGCCCUUCAUGCACCAUCAGACAGGCUCAGCUACCUACCAAACGAGCUGUUGACUAUGGUCAUCUCUUCCCUCUCUGUCGCCGAAGCCGCAAGGACAAGCACCCUGGCAAAAUCAUGGCAGGGAUUGUGGAGGUACGCCGAACGCCUCGACUUCGAUGAAACUGCCAUGCCAAGACCUUCCAUAUUGCCUGAGAAAAGACAAAUUGGUACUGGUAGCCUAUAUAGCACCGUCAUAGGUAUGGUCUUUAAUAGCUAUGUUGGUGAUUUAACAAGUGUUAGCUUCAAACACUUUCCUAGGAGCAUUGCCGUUGGCGAAUUGGACUUUUGGGUUGACUUUGUUCUGAAUAAAUUCAAAAAGAUAAAUUCUUUGAAUUUAAAAUGUGAGCAUUUGGUUCCAGAACCUGAACCCCCGUUUUUUCCUAUGGGGUCUAAAACAGUCAAACUUAAUUUCAGCCAUAUGAAUUUUUCAAACUUGAAUUCGUUAGAGUUGACCAAUUACAAGAUGACUACGUCAACGCCAGAAGCUUUGAAUGGGUGUGGCUGGAAAUUGAAAAUCCUAAAGUUGAAGAACAUGCGUAUGAGCGAUGACGUCAUCAAUGGUGUUUUGCGCAAAUGUUUGGGUUUGGAGAGUUUGAGUAUUGUUGAGUCAAAGGGGUUUAAGACACUUGAGAUCAACAAUCCAUGGCUUAAGUUCUUGGAGCUUGGAUGGUUGAUUGUGAAUAAGGUUGAUCUCAGUGUUGAGAGACUUGAAACCUUGGUUGUUGAUUCUUUAAUGUGUCCACCAACGGGUUUGAAAAUCUAUACAGUUAACCUGAGGAUUUUACACCUUUCUUGCAACUCAAUUGCCCAGAGAAUGCGUAUCCGGCAUUCAUAUAACCAACCUCUUUUGAAAACGCAAGAUAUUUUUUAA